AAAACGUUUGUACUUGAAAUCUUUUUAACUCAUUUGUACUUGUGAGUUCUUCAUUAUUUAUUUUAUUUUCUUCCUCUCUCUCUCUCUAGUAAUCAUAAUAGGAAAACAAAAACGUGGAGGAGAAAAAAAAAAAAAAGAAGAAAUUUUAGAAUGAAUAGAUGAAAGUAUUCUAUUCGAUUCGACUACUUUUGUUACAGACUAUCAUUUCUUAGCUAUGGCUCCCAAUCUCCAUUGUUACCAUUCAUCACCUCCCUUCAUUUCUCUCCAUUCAUAUCCUCUAGUUCUUCGCUCCCAUGCUCCGUAUCCAACUUCGAAACACUGUUCAAACUCCCUUAAAUUCCUCUCAAUUCGAUGCUCCGCGAACUCGAACAACCAAUUGACGCUUAGAACUUGUAGGAAUUGCAAGUCGCAAUUCGACCCCUCCCUCAAUCACCCACGAGCUUGUCGUUUUCACACUGCACAUUUUGGAGGUGAAACCAAGCGAAAGUUUGAAAGUGUACACUUGGGAGGAACAAUGGACACUCCAGACUCUGGCAAAGUUUUUCAAUACUGGCAUUGCUGUGGGUCUGAGGAUCCUUUCGAUCCAGGAUGUACUGCUUCUCCACACUCAUCAUAUGACGAUGACUAACAAUGUAAAUCAACAAUCUUUUCUUCAUUUCCCUUCAUUCGUGCAAGACUCUUGAUCUUUUUUACUCCUUCCUAAAGUCCUUUGUAAAAUUGUACAUAUUCAUACCCUAUCUUAAUUAUUUAGUAUGAAAAUUCAUCUUA